AUGAGCAGGAACUUUCUUCCUGUUGUCCUCGCGAUUGGUGUCGGUGUAUUCACAGGCUAUUACACCUUCCAACCGACCUUCCAGCAGCUGGCAGCGGAAAGGACGCAAGGCCCCUCUGGCGCGCUUAAUCAAUUGAAUAAACCUGCUGAGGCGUCUUCAGUGGGCACUGCACCUACCUCCAAGCCCGAUGCUAGCCCCCAAGCCGAGCAAAAGAAAUAA